AUGAAUCGACAUAAUAGUGGUGUUCAUUUUAUUAUUGGUUAUGUUGAUAACGAAAAACAUGAAAAAUCACGUGAUUUAUUAGAAACAAUAAGUUCUGUUGUUGCUCAAAAACAAACUUCUGGUGAUAAUAUAGAAUUAAGUAUCAUAGCUAACAAAGACCAACAAUCAAGUCCAUCUGCUGUUAAAUUUCAUAUUUCCGUCUCUUCCGAUGAAGAUAAUGAUGAUGAUGAUGAUGAUGAUGAUGAAGAACUAACUGAAAUUGUUGCUGGUAAUGAAAACAGAGGAAGUGUAUUAAAAAAGUUUCAAUAUCCACGUUCACCAAAAAAUAAAAAAUAA